UUUACAUGUAGUAGCACGCGAAUGUGCUGCCAUCGUACACAAUUUUAGAGUAACAUUUUUAACAAAAAAAUAUCUCGCCUAAAUUGGGGGUAUUUCAUACACGUUUUGUGUGGCGGCCAUCGUGCACGUACUUUUCCUUUGUUAGUGAAAUAAUUGUGUUUUUACUAAGUUUAGUGUAGUGUUUUGUGUUUGCGGAUAAAAUGGGAAAACGCAAACAUCGUGAGGAAGAUGAGGAAGAUUACUUGGAAAGAAAAAUCCGAAGUCUCGAGAGGAAAAGAUUGAAGAUUCGUCGCAGGCGCCGUCAUCGUAGUUAUAGCCCUAGUACGUCCUCAUAUACAGAUAAUGAAUAUGAGUAUGCGGACCAAGAUAUCGGUGAGCCCGAUCCCUUGCUAGAGGAUUCGCAAUAUGAAGAAUCCCCAUUGACCAACAAUACUGUAUACGACUUAACCGAUGAUGAGGUCGGUGCUUCAACGUCGGGUGCGCUGCCUGCUGCUGGCGGGCUGCGAUCGGUGGUCAUACAGAAUAGAAGCGCCGCCGGGCCCCGCGCGGUGGACGCGCCGGCCCCCGCGCCCCCUCCCGCACCCGCCGCCGCCGCCGCCGCCGCGCCGGCGUGCGCGCCCGCGGCCGCGACCACCACGCCGGCUGCGCCCGCUCCCGCGCCUACAUCCGCAGCUACCACCUUACAGGUGACCGGUGAACAAAUUGGUUUACAAGAAUCUACGCCGAUUGUGACCGCGCUUGAUCCCGGUUUAUUAUGUUUGUUGGGCGAUGAGCCCGUAAAAGAAGAAACAUUUGGUCCUUGCAUUCACGACGAUAUCUCGACGAGAUGGUCUGACAUUCUAGUUAAUGCCGUCGUCGGCGUCGCGGCCGCCGCCUCGCCAGAGUCGCCAGACGCCAGCGAGGACGAGCUACACGCGUGGCGGGCGCAGACCGCCGCCGCCGUCCCGCCGCGCGAGCGACCGCCGAGCGCCGCCGCCGCGGCCGCACACCCGGACCUCGCGCCGCUAGCAUCGGAUGCUGAUACACAACCUCAGUGUCGAACACAAGCUGCACAGGAGCCUUACCCUGGUUGCCGGAGUGUUGUCCGGGCGGCGUUCAUGAGGCAAGGCACUCCUGCAGAAGCGGCAGACAUCAUGCUAGCGUCACUUACAGAAACCACACUUAAGCAAUAUAAUUGUUAUUUAAAGAAAUGGUAUAUAUUUUGUAAGGAAAAAUGUUAUGAUAUUUUUGAUGUCGGCGUAGCAGAAGUAUUAGAUUAUUUCACAUUACUUUUUAAUCAAGGUUGUCAAUUUGGAUCAAUUAAUACUGCGAAAGCAGUUUUAUAA